AUGACCGUCACCUACACGGCCCGCGUGGCCAACGCCCGUUUCGGGGGCUUCUACAAACUGCUGCUGCUCUGGCGUGGGAGCAUCUACAAGCUGCUGUACAAGGAGUUCCUGGCCUUCUUCGUCACCUACCUGGGGCUCAGCCUGACCUACCGCUUUGUCCUGGCCGAGGAUCAGAAACGCUACUUUGAGAAACUGGUGAUUUACUGCGACAACUACGCCAACCUGAUCCCCGUCUCCUUCGUGCUGGGCUUCUACGUCACGCUGGUGGUGAACCGGUGGUGGAGCCAGUACAGCUGCAUGCCCAUGCCCGACCGCCUGAUGUGCGCCAUCUCCGGCUCCGUGCACGGCGGGGACGAGCGAGGCCGGCUCUACCGCCGCACCCUGAUGCGCUACAGCAGCCUCUCGGCCGUGCUCAUCCUGCGCUCCGUCAGCACCGCCGUCUUCAAGCGCUUCCCCACCAUCGACCACGUGGUGGAGGCAGGCUUCAUGACCCGGGAGGAGAGGAAGAAAUACGAGAACCUGAGCUCGUCCUACAACAAAUACUGGAUCCCCUGCGUCUGGUUCACCAACCUGGCGGCCCAGGCUCGCAAGGAGGGGCGCGUCCGGGACAACUGUGCCCUCAAGAUGCUGAUGGAGGAGCUGAAUCAGUUCCGUGCGAACUGCAGCAUGUUGUUCCACUACGACUGGAUCAGCGUCCCCCUGGUCUACACGCAGGUGGUGACCAUCGCCGUGUACAGCUUCUUCGUGGCCUGUCUGAUCGGGCGUCAGUUCCUGGACCCAGUCCAGGGCUACGAGGGCCACGACCUGGACCUGUGUGUGCCGGUCUUCACCCUGCUGCAGUUCUUCUUCUACGUGGGCUGGCUCAAGGUGGCCGAGCAGCUGAUCAACCCCUUUGGGGAGGACGACGACGACUUCGAAACCAACCUGCUGAUUGACCGCAACUUCCAGGUCUCCAUGAUGGCGGUGGACGAGAUGUACGACGACCUGCCCCUGCUGGAGAAGGACCGUUACUGGGACGCCUCCAACCCCCGCGCCCCCUACACGGCGGCCACCGUCUUCCUGCUGCACCAGCCGUCGUUCCAGGGCUCCACCUUCGACAUGACGCUGCCCAAGGAGGACAUGCAGUUCCAGCCGCUGGAGGAAAUCGAGGAGGGGCUGGAGCCAAGCCGGCACGUCCCCCUGCACCUCCUGAACCGGCUGCUGGCCACGGGGCCCACCCCAGGCAGCUUCGGCCGGCGCCUCUCCCUGCUGCGCCGGAAGAAUAGCUGCGUCUCCGAGGCUUCCACCUCCUACAGCUGCCUGUGCCAGGACACGCAGAGCACGGACUGCAGCUGUGGGCCCCCCGCCCGCCGCCUGCCCCUCAGCGAGGUCCCCUUCGCCCCGGAGCAGCGGGGCUGGGAGGGGGGUGAGGAAGCCGGGCCCCGGGCCCCAGGCAGCCACGAGGAGGCCUUGGCCGAGGAGUCGGACCUUGCCCGGCGGUCCCAGGUCUCCUUGCUUCACCCCGACGGCGCCGCCCCUGUGGCCGGCGGCUUCCCUUCGCCACAGGACGUGGGGCCCCUUGUGGACACGUCCUUCCUCCCGCAGCCAGGAGCCGCCCAGGAGCCCCCCGCCCGCAGCGCCCCCCCCAGUGCCGGCUACCGCCCCUGGCUGCAGAACCGCAUCGAGGAGGAGACGAUGGCGUGA